GCAGGUGCGUCAGUGGCGGCGCUUUCAAAUGGCAGCAUUUUGAUUAGCAUUAACGAUUCGUAGGACUUAUCACGCUAAAGAUAUUAUAGCGUCGCUUUUUCAGGUCUAAGCUUUUUUCCACAUUUGCAGUCUUGAAGAGUGAUGAAUAAAACGUUAAAUAAUGGAAGAGGAUGGACUUGUCAACUUCAAAGCAUUGAGGGCUAAAUUUCAGGAAGAGGCUCUGCUGGCUCAAACUAAAACCAGUCGCCCAGCUGUUGCUGAAAAACCCAAACGCUUACCACCUCCUGGAGGUCACUGCAGUUCUGUGGUUAGCGGUAUUAAUAUUGUUGUAGAUAACAAGACGCCAGUGGUUCCCCGUGUCCUUUUUAGAGAUGGGCUUCGGGCAUCUGGAGGCAAGCGGCCAAUUUCCUUUCCUCACCAACCUCAGCAGACCUCUCCCCCUUCUGAGUUUGCUAAUGGGGACAAUACUACAAGGCAUUUCCUUAAAGACCGACACAUGCCUUUGGUGCUCCCUGCCCUGCCUGUAAAAGAUCAGAAGAUGGAGCCACCUGCUGAAAAGGAGCACAAACUGGAAUCUGAGCCAGGAAAAGAAGCUUUUCCACAGACUAGAAUGAAGAAAAAAGGUUUGCUGCUUCCUUUCAAGUCAGUCAAACCAUCAAAGGUCAGUGGAGAAAAUGGAGAUGAGCCCACAUACGCUGAUUUGACUAACAGGCCUUGUAGUGCUCCCAGCGAAUUGCCCUCUGUGGGAAAAAAAAGUGCAGACGACUGUGUCUCACUGAAAAGUGACCAGUCAGCCACUGAGUACUCCCUCUCCAGCCCAAACGUUACCCCACCUUUUACAGAGAGUCAUGCUGACUCUGAUAACUCAAAUUUAGGUUCCUUGGAGAAAGCCAAAAGGAAGUUCUCACAGCGACAGAUAUCAAUCUCUGCCAAACCUCAGUGUGUGCGGUCCCCUAACUAUACCUGCAGAGACGAGGCAUUCCCUUUGCCACCAAAAAACCCUGACAGCAUUUGUGUUAACACACCCGUACAUCCACCAGUGUGCCUUCCACAUCUGGCUUGUAUUUCUGCCCGGCCUUUCUUCAAAGCUAGCAACUCUGCACACAAACCAGCAUUUGACAUGCAGCUUUUGAGAAAUAAAGCUGAGCGCUCUUCAUUUAAGACUUUUGAACCUCAUCCACCAUCUAUUCCACUAAAGAAGCCACUGCUGGACCUGAGGACACUGGGACCAUUGCCAACAAAGCCCCCCAGGCCUCAUUCAGUAGAUCUUAGUCGUUUCUAUGCACUCGCAGAGGUGUCACCUGGUGGAGGCCAAACACCCAGUGAAAAGCAGCAGUCUGAGCUCCCAUCCAUUUCCAACCCUGCGCUGGAUGCCCCAGAGUUCCCAGACGUUGAGAAUUCAGAGAUGGAAACAGCUGAGGAUGAAGUUGUUCACAUUGCUGCGUUAGAAUUGGAAGCCUCAGACGUAGUCUGCGCUGACCUUAACACACCUGUUGAGUCUGAGCCCACAAAUGUUGAGACUCCAAAACCUGACUUGUCAGUUUGUGAUCCUGCAGAGACCAGUAAGAGCUGUAUCGUCCAGGAUCUUAACCUUGGCAGCGAAAACAUAAUACCCCUUGAUCCACCCAGCUUCCCUGAACCAAUAAACCUGUCACAGUUUCCAGAGCUUUCUGCACCAGAGCAGUGGUCUCAUUGCGAAGAGGCAGCUGCAGAUUCUUUUCUUGACUCUCACUUUGAUGAAACUGAUGUCGGGCCUGCUGAAAGCCGCUCUAUCCCAGAGGAAACAGAGCUUAGUAGCCAUGCAACAUCGAAUGAUGACAUUCCAACACAUCUAUGUGUAUAUCAACAUGACAGCUACUAUGAAACAUGUGAUAAUUUGUAUGAAGAUGUGGAGAACAUCAACAAAUUCAUCUCGGGCCAGGUGUCGACUAAAAGAAAAGGCAGUUUAAAGAAUCCGUAUGCUGACAACCACCGUAUGAAGGAGGAGCCGUGUCUUAACAAAUGGCCCCGGAAUCCAUGUAAGGCACACUCGAGCCCGAACACUGCUGAGCACAGAGAACAGAGGAAGAAGGAGAAACAGCGGCUUGAGAAGGAGAGGAAGGAACAAAAAGAGAAGGAGAAGAAGGAAAAUGAAAUGAAAAAGAAGUUCAAAGUGACCGGGGAAGAAGAGCCAAUGUACCAUGCCAGGGUGAUGGUGGCCAGUAAAGUCCGCAAGAAUGACCUGCCUGUGAAGAGCGGGGACACGGUCAGCAUCAUCCGAACCACCAACUGCCCCAAAGGCAAAUGGUUAGCCCGGGAUGCUAACCACAAAUAUGGCUACAUUUCUGUGAUGAACGUGGAGCUAAACAUCAAAGAGAUGUUGGAACUCGGCAAGAAGGCUCAAGCAGCUGGACGAGGAGGCAACCUGGAGGCAGAUACCGUCAGUAUUGGGAGCAGAUCCUCAAGCCACCCUGUUCUAACAAGCAGUUUCACAGAUGAUAGUGAAGAGUGGGCCUGCGAGGAUGAAACCCUCUCACAGUUUAAUGAAAGCUCUAGCUUUCCUCAGCAAACUGCCUCAGCGCCUGAGAUGUCGUGUGUCCAUGUCGGCGCCCAGCACACACUGAGCGACGCCAACCUGGAAGACCUGCACACACAGACCAGACAUGAAGCCCUGCAGAAACUGGCCUUCUUCUUUCAACACAACAAAGAUGAAUUUGACGUCCCGGAUGGUGGAGGAGCAACUCCAACAAAUGCUGAGACAUCAAACUUCUUAUGUGCAGUUGAGGAGCCUCCAUAUCCUGAACAAGAGGUUGACUUCACAGAGCUGGAGCUCCUACCUCCUCCACCGCUAUAUGCCGACAACUUCUGAUCUGCACGUCAACUAAAAUUGGGGGGAAACAUCUCAGAGGAAAUACCCUCUGGGUUUGAUGGUUUGUAUUUAAAGAAGUAACCAUGAAUGCUGAUGUAACUGUAUAACUGUUUUCACUUUAGCUUGUUUUGAGUGAUUUGUAUGUUAAUAUUCAUGCUUUGGUGCACUUUUUGCUUUUGAAAUCACUGUAAAAAUAAGAAACUGCACAGAUUGAUUUAUUGCACAAAGAUCUGAAUGUUCACAUUUUUGUUUUCAUGUUACAUCAAAUAAAUGUUUGACACCUA